AUGACAACAACCGAUCAAGCCAAAACUGCUCUUCUACAAUUUCCAUAUGCAUCUAUUCAAUUUAUAGCAGAUUCCAAUCAAUGUCAACAUUUACCUGAUGAAUGUAUUAAAUAUUUAACAUUAGAAGCAACUGGUGUUGUUCGAUUUUUAUUACAAGAUGCACUGAAAUUUACAAGAAAAUGUCGUCGAACAAAAAUGAUUACAGAAGAUUUUGAAUCAGCAAUGAAAAUGCGAUAUUUAGAACCAAUUGUUGGUUUUCGUUUAUCAAAUGGUAAUUUACCAUUUAAAACAACAACAGCAGCUGGUUCAAGUCAUAGAGAAGUUCAAUGUAUUGAUGAUCAUGAAUUACAACUUGAUCAAGUUAUUACUGCACCAUUACCAAAAGUACCUUUAGAUAUUUCUAUACGAACUCAUUGGCUUGCUAUUGAAGGUAAACAACCAACAAUAAAUGAAAAUCCAGAAAUUAUUUCCAAAGCUGAUCUAACUGCUGAUUCAUUAGAUCCUAUGAAAUCAUUAACAAAAAAACGAUAUAAUCUUGAUGCAUCUAAAAUUAAAACUUCAAAUCCACAUGAACUUUCAUUGGAACAACAAAUUUAUUAUAAAGAAAUAACUGAAGCAUGUGUCGGAUCUGAAGAACAAAAACGUACAGAAGCUAUUGCUAGUUUAUCAACUGAAACUGGUCUUCAUCAAAUUUUACCUCGUAUUGUUUUAUUUAUAUCUGAAGGUGUUAAAAUAAAUUUAAUGCAAUAUAAUCUCGCAAUAUUAAUCUAUUUAAUGCGUAUGACAAGUGCAUUAUUAGAUAAUAAAUCUUUAUAUUGUGAAAAAUAUCUUCAUCAAUUAUUUCCAGCUAUAAUGUCAUGUAUUUUAGCAAAACAACUUUGUGCUAGACCCGAUACAGAUAAUCAUUGGGCAUUACGUGAUUAUGCUGCAUCACGUUGUGCACAAAUGGUCAAAAUGUUUUCAGCUAAUAUUCAUGGUUUACGUAAUCGUAUUGUACGAAUUUUUUUACGUACAUUUCAUAGUGAACGUUUACCACUUGUUACACAUUAUGGUGCACUUGUUGGUUUAUGUGAAAUGGGUCAAGAAACAAUUGAAGAAUUAGUAUUUCCUAUAAUACGUACGUUAGGUGAACGAAUUAUAAAAUAUCUUGAAAAUCCUUCAUUAUCUUCUAUUGAUAAAAUAACAAUUGAUCGUAUUAGUGGUGUUAUAUCUAAAUAUAUUCCAAUUGCAUAUCGUGCAUCACGACCAGCACCAGAUGAUCUUGAACAUUUUAAACAUGAAUUUGGUAGUUAUUAUGGACAUCGUUUAUAUACACAUGUUAUUCAACUUCGUCAACAAUCAAGAUCAACAUCAUCACAAUCUACACAAAAUCGACAAUUUUCUCCAUCAUCUGGUUCAAAUUCUCGUCCAUCAAAAAUAUUACCUGGACAAGCAUCACCAUCAUCACAUCAUCAAAAUCCAGGUUCCGUAACUCCAUCACGAUCUCCUGUUCGUCCAAUGAAUCCAUCAUUAUCAAAACAACAUCCUCAAUCAUCAACUAGUUCAUUAACACCAGCAAAUAGUCAUGAAAAUGUUAUUUUAUAA